AUGUGGUGGACAAUUACGGGAAAUUUUGGUAACCUGCUUCCUAUUGACUGGUCAAAGUCUUAUGCGAGACAACUGCAUACAAGAGCCUUAAAUCUUUCAGAAAAAAAAGAAACAGAUACACCUGAGCUGGAUUUACCUGAUGAUGAGGAACUGGCAGAAGCUUUUGAUAUGCACUCUUUGAUUAUCUCUAGUCUAAACACUGAUGAAGGUCAUGUUGUCACUGCUGAUGAAGUCAUCAAUGAAAUAGAGAGCAUGAUGCAGGAUUCUCCUACUGAAGAAUCACCUGAGGAGGAAGAAGAAAUCUCUGAGGAAAUGGAUAGCUACAUGAAAGUAAAAGAAACUUUGAAACAUUUGCAAACAAUAACUGAAACAGAAAUGAAAAGUAUGUCAACGGUGGCUUUGAAUGAGUUGCUGGCUCAAUUUGAACUCACAAUCAAGGAGCUUUCUGAAACUCUGGUAACUGAACUGGCCUUAAGAGAUGAGCUGGAAUAUGACAAAGAACUGAAAAACCAGUUCAUUUCCCUACUGCUGAUACUCCAGAAGAAAAGGCGAGAGAAUAAUGUGGAUAAGAAGAAGAAAAAAGUUAAAGUGAAUAAUGUACAACAACCUGAAGGUGCUGGCACUUAUUUGACUACAGUGAUUCCUUAUAAUCCUCAUCUUGGGCCACCAGCCUCUGAACAGCUCCAGAUUUAUAUAAAAAUUCUGCAAGCUAUUAAUGAUGACAGCAGCCAAGUGCCCACAUUGUUGACUGAUUACAUUCUGAAAGUUUUGUGCCCAACGUAG